GCUUUCAAAGAGAACCCCCCCCCCCCCCCACUCUCCACCUCGACUAAUAAAUGCCAAGAGGAAAAACGAAAAAGCCCGACGACCAGGAUCGCUGCGCGGAGGAAGCGGAGAGAAACGGCCGAACGAACACGUAGAGACGACGAAGGACGCACGGAUCGCCGCCCGUUGCCGUUUCUCGAUGCAUACCCUGUGCGCCCGAGGAACGAUGAAGCCGGAGAUCACCGCCGCCGUCGGAUUUCUCUCGAGAUUUCUGCGCGUAAAAGGACACGUAAACGAUCGACAGGUCCAAACGUUCAACCAAAGCUUACAGGACAUUUUGUCAGAGCAAUACAAGCACCACUGGUUCCCAGACAGGCCCUGCAAGGGCUCCGGCUACAGAUGCAUCCGCAUAAACCACAAGAUGGACCCGCUGGUGGGGCAGGCGGGCCAGCGCAUCGGCCUGACCAUCCAGCAACUCUACCUGCUGCUGCCCAGUGAGCUCACGCUCUGGGUGGACCCCUUCGAGGUGUCCUACCGCAUCGGCGAGGACGGCUCCAUCUGCGUCCUCUACGAGUCCGCGCCCUGCCCCGUAGGAAUGCCGGCGAUGGCCGCCGUCGGGUCCCCCUCGGGCCACGGCAUGCUGGGGAGCCCCAUGGUGGACAGCCGCCACAGCUGCAAGGAGGAACUGAUGGUGAUGGGCCGAACCAGUCCCUCCAAGAACUACAACAUGAUGACUGUGUCCAGUUAGGGGAGUCACCUCCCCCACACGCCCUCCCCCCCGGCAAACUUUUUGUUUCCCGGGUCACGCCGUGGCUGGUCAGAUACGAGCGAUCCGAUCAGGGUGAGCCUUUUUGAAGCUAAGAAUAUGAAAUGAAAUGAAAUAGUGAAAGAAGAAAUAAGAAAAGGAAGAAGAAAAAAAAAAACACAGAGGAUGUGGCCUAUUGUCCAGGUGAUGGAAACCUUGUAGGUUUGAUCUUUUUAAACCUCCCCCUCCCCCACCCCAUUAUCAUAUUUUCUUUUGUGUUAUUGGAUCAAACUGGGCACUUAUUUUAGGAGUGGCUUUGUGGAAAUGGAACUGUUUGGGCAGCUAAACGACCAACCUAGAACCCCCCCCCCCCCCUCCCCCACACCCUCCACCCCCACCCAACACCCUCCCUCGAUCAUAAACUACAUGGCGAGCAGCUCAGUCUAUGAAGGGGCUGUCAUCGCCAUAGCACUUUCUUACUUGUGGUUACUAUGGGUACAUGUUCAGCCCAACAACGCAAGAAAAAAAAAAACUACCAAAACCGAAUUUGUACAGAUUUACAGAAUUAUUCCGUCAAUUUGCACAAUUCUGAGGUUUUUCAAUUUGGCUUUUUCACUUGUUUUUGACGGUUUGGACUGAAGCCUUUUCACAGUAAAAGCUAAAGGUAAAAAAAGCAUCUCUAUUUUCUAUAAGAUCCCCCUUUUGGACCACAGGGAAUAAAUUGCCUUUAUCUUGAAGCUGGAAAAAGGCUUUCAGUCUUAACCCCCCCCCCCCCUCCCACCCACCAUCGCCCCCCCCCAACACCCCCAGUACGUGUGUAGCUGUCUGGGGGAGGGCAGGCCUUACGCGCUCCCUCCCCCUCCUGCUAGUUAAUGAAUGUUGUUGAAAAUCACAAUCAAUUUCCAUUGUUCUUAAUAUUGGCCCCUUUUCCUCCAACCACUUUGUCGUCUCCCACUUCGCCAAAAUUCAAAGUGUAGCAAAGCGCGGUGGGAAAUAUUUUUACGCCUAAAAUUUGGUCACGUAACCCUACCAGAAUUGACGUUGAAUGCACUUUGACGUGAGAUUGUGUGGGAUGAAUACUUCAUGUAGAGAAAAUCGCCUGCAUUCCAUCCAUUCGAAUGUCAUCUUUUCACGUUUUCACCGCCCUCCCCAUUAACAGCCGUUGGUUCAUACUGUAGCUCACACGUUGUGUAGGCCAAAGGUCUAUUAAAUUGGUGUGUGUGUGUGUGUGUGCGCGCGCGCAACUGUGGAUUUUUUUAUUUUACUACACUGUAUAUGUGAACAUUUCAGAGCUAUUGACGUGGGGACCGCUUUAGGUGGCAAUGUCGGAAACGUUCUUUCAUCACCCGUCUCUCACCCCGGUCACACAGAUGGCGGUUUGUGUUGCAGAUGAAACAAAAAAAACAAAGAAAGAAAAAAACCGUUAGGACCAGGUAACGACUGUGUCAGACUUGGGCCAAAGGGAGGUCUGUAAGUGUAAGCAAUUUAAUUUGAACUUUAAAUAAAAACACCGGCCUUCUAUUUUCAUCUACGUUCGCAUUGACAUUUAUUCCCAUAGUCGUAGAAAGAGGAUCCUUAUGUGUGCGUUGGAGGUGCGCUGCCUUACAACUGUCCAUAGUCCAGCCUAGCGGUGUCAAAUAGCCCCCAUCCUGCAUCCUCCCUCCUGGUGAGCGGGCGGGGGGGGGGUGUCAGAGUGCCUCAAAUGCCACAUAUCGCCCCUCAGCUCAGACCUCCUGUUCAGGCAAAAGCAAGCCAGCGUGCUGCUAGCGGACCCCCAGGUAGACUUAAUGUGACACAUAUCGUCGUCCAUCACUCUGGGAGGGGGGCGGGGAGGUGGGGUUGGGAUGGGGAUCUGGUGUGAGAGAAAGGGGCUUCGGAAGUUGGGGGAGGGGGCCAGGGCCGGACUCUUGUUUUUCUUUUUGUUCAGGGCAGCUAAAACCCCUCCAGCCCCCCCCCCACCCACCCCUUCUUGACCCAUUCAACGUCCCCACGCCAAAACGCCCACAACCCUGCCUACGCAAAAACCAGCACAUGCGCUUGCCGUGCUCACGCUGCACUAUGGGUGGGGUGGGGGGCUAGUGACGGAGGACAUGUGGAUCAAAGAUGAAGAAUGAGGGAAGCAGGUCGUUGUUUUCCCAUUUUCAUGUCACUGGAUUGCGCUGCACUUGAUGGCUGAGUUUGAGUAGCAACUUUUUGUUUACAUGCAUAUGACCCUCCCACCUCACUCCCGGCUGUGGUGUUGACUGGUUACCAGUAGGCCGGAAAACAGAUGAUUGGGGGGGGGGGGGGGGCUUGGGGCGCUUUACCCCCCCGCUGGCCAAAUCUGUCACAGCAGGCUGGUCCCCACCAGAGCUAUGGGUGUUUAAGCUCCCCUAAGCCUGAGAGGAUCAUGGGUAAUAGAGCUAUAGCCUUUGACGCACUGCAAGCUAACCCCCCCCCCCCCUUCUCCCCCUACCCCCAUUCCCACCCCCACCCCAAUCCCCACUUGCCCUUCAGCAGCAUCUGUGAAAAGCAGCGAUUCCACGUUGGCCACGUGGAGAGCGGCUCGGGAUCCCUCGGGCUUUGGUUUCCGUGGCGACGCAAGUUUAUUAAAAUCCCACUGCUCCGUUAAAAGUGUUCACGUCAAAGUGGCGAGAUGUUUUUUUUUUUUUUUUUUUUAGAUCGGUUCACGUUUUGGACGCGAGGCUGUCGUCCCGUCUCACUUUUCUCUUAGAUGUAUUUCGUGGUCACACUGGUAGAUGCUAUCGUCACUUCACUCCGCCGUUGCCAUGUCCUCCUUUUUUGUCUAUUUUUUUUUUUUCUAAUACACUUUUAACAGACUUUUUUUCUUUUUAGAUAGAAAAAUUUUAAAAAAUGACACCAAAAUCCCCUUUCAACACCUCCUCAAAUGUACCAUCACCACAGGAAAUGGUGUAAGUCCUAAGUAAUGUUAUUAUUUAAAUGGCAUCCAUUCAGCUUGUGCGCACAUAGGUUACAUUGUUGUGAGUGCUUUGAGUAGUAAGAGGUAAAAUAGCACAUAAAAAUGCACUAAAUAUGUCAAGUUGAAGUUGUGUAACAGUUUUUUUUGAGACGCGAGGAGUCUCUCCUGGAAUGUAUUUUGCCAAAACUCAGGCCUCGGACAUUCAAUAAUUACCCUUCUGGAGAAGUUGUGCAUGUUAAGACAUGAAGAAAAAAAAAGGAAGGGAACAGCCGUUUCGUUGUUGUCAUCGUUAAAAUUGAUUGAAUUGAUUAGUUGAAUUAUUGCCACUUUCACAUUUGAGUUUUACGUAUUGUAGAAUGUAUUGUAACUGUACGGCAUGUCCAGUACAUAACAUUACACAUGGGAAGUGCCAAUAAUUGAUGUUUUUAGAUUUAUUCCUUUAUUGUAUUUCAUCUUUUAACAUGGAUAACUCUUUUGCGUAAGUGAAGCCAUUUGUGAUGGGAGUGUUGGCAAGGACCAAAGGUGUUUUGGGGAGAAAAAAAAAAAAUUAGUUUCCAUAAUCUGUAAGCGUAGACGUAUCCUUUGUUGUUUUUUGGGGUUUUUUUCUUUAUUUUCUUUUCAGUUUGUUCCCCUUUUUUUUCUAUUUACGUACAAAACCAGAAAAUAGACAAAAAAUCUGAGCUUACCCAAGAAGAAAAGCUGUCUCUCUUGUGAUCUCAUGUCAGUACAUCUUUAUCGUGUUCAGUUUCUUUUCCUUGGGUAUGUUGUGAUGAACUGCUGUAAAUUUGUACAGUUCAUGUAAAUUGAUUGUGCGGAAGUUGUACAGAUUUCUAUAUUUUGGAAGAAAAGGUUUUUUUCUCUGUAAUAAAAGAUUUCCUAUCUUGGCAUCAUA